GCUUGAUUCUCUUGCAAAUCUCUUUUCUUAGCCUUGUUAUCUCAUUUAUUAAUUAUCUCUAACUGAAGGUCUAUUUGUUUAGUUUGCAGAGUGAUUAGAUUUAUAGUCAAGGUUCAUAGUUCCCAUGGCUCGAGCUUCUCUGGGUGUAGUACUUAACCAAGGACCAUGGACUGCUGAGGAAGAUUUGCUGUUGAAAAGUUAUAUUGAGGCUAAUGGCAUACAACAUUGGAGCACUCUUCCCUACAAAGCUGGCUUGAUGCGUUGUGGAAAGAGCUGCAGAUUGCGUUGGAUGAAUCAUCUGCACCCAAAUGUUAAGCACGGCCAUAUUUCCCCAGAUGGAGAGGAUCUCAUCAUAAGGUUUCAUAAUCUACUUGGAAAUCGAUGGUCUUUCAUUGCAGGGCGAGUGCCAGGCAGGACAGCUGAUGAAGUAAAGAAGUAUUGGAAUACACAUUUGAGCAAAAAGGUUACCAGUAAAUCCUUUUCAUUGGGUAAGGCUGUGACACAGAUUGUUGAGGGGCUGCCAUUAAACUGUGGCGAUCAUCAGCAAGAUUCGACAGCUUUACCUGUGAAAUAUAAGCAAGGUCACCCAUAUUCACAAUUAAGAGAUACCAAUAUGAAAUACGGUGGGACUGAACUACAAGAUUCAACUAUUUUAGAGGAUCGCUAUAAAUCUGACACAGCUGAAGAUCAAUUCUUUAGCAGUGCAGGAAGUUUAGCACCCUGGGUUAUUGAGAUCAAUAUGGAAGAAGACAUUUUUCUACCGAUAACUCAGUUUGAGCGAAGUAUUGUCACCACAGAUUUAUUUCAUCUUGGACUUGCUCUGACAAUCUCUAUUGGGAGAAUGAUCUCGUCUGAUACACGUUUGCUUUCUUCAAGUUAUUACAGACCUGAGAAGUAGCUUGCGGAGUACAAUACUGUUGGUUAUUUAUUAGAGUCAAUAUUCGACAUGAGCAGGAUUUGUAUGAGCACAGUUCAACAAGUAAGUUUAUAAUAAGUUCAUGGUUGUCAUUGUAUGAUAACUGCUCAGUACGUCUAAAUGAGUUGGAAGGCAAUAAUUUCCACUGAUGAUUUAAGCUGAUUUAAAUCAUAUUCAAUGAUAUAGUAUUCGGCUCUUCCGUAUAAAGGGAGUAAGCGCAGCAAGGUAAAUCAUUUCUCUUUGAAAGUUGAGAAUCUAGGCGAGGUCAAGCCAGUAGUUCAAAGAGGUCCACUUCUUGUAAUAGUGUUUUCUACACAUUUGCCCCCAAAAGAGUUGAACAAUGCAACUAAUGUAAUCAAAAUUUAAAGCAAAUUCCGUCAGUCCAUAGGGGGCCAAUCAUAUUUACUUUGACCAAUACA